GUGCACUCAUUCAACCAAAAAAUCAUCGUCAUUCGUUCAUGUUCGAUUUCUUCUUCGUUUCAGUACGUUUUGUCUGCCUGUUGAAGGGUUUUUAGGGAGGUUGUUUUAGCUCCUCCAGGUAGUGAAUUAGUGAAAAAAUAACCUUGCCUGUUUUAAAUCAACCAAAUAUUUGAUUUCGGGAGGAGUAACGUACUAACGAGUUGGGUGGAUUAGUACCUGAUCGAUUCCGUCCAGAAUCAAAGAAGUUCAAUCAAUUCAGUUCGCUGCUGGGAAAAAAGAAAAAGUUGACUUUGCAUGCAGUGAGACUGAAACAAAAAUGGCCUGCUCUAGCGCUACGACGGGUAGCAAGAUGGACGUAGUUGCGCCGACUAACGUUUCCGUCGCAACGCGACCAUCACGAUUCACCAUGGAAGGCGUUGGAUCACGGGUUAUCCGCGGCCCAGACUGGAAAUGGGGUAAACAGGACGGCGGUGAAGGCCACGUCGGGACAGUGCGCAAUUUCGAAUCCCAGGAGGAGGUUGUAGUCGUUUGGGACAAUGGAACGGCAGCCAACUAUCGAUGUGCGGGCGCAUACGAUCUACGCAUUCUGGACAGUGCCCCGACCGGGAUUAAACACGAGGGCACCAUGUGCGACACCUGUCGGCAAACUCCGAUCUUCGGCAUACGCUGGAAGUGUGCCGAGUGUAACAACUACGAUCUGUGUUCGAUCUGCUAUCACGGCGAUAAGCAUCACAUGAGGCAUCGAUUUCAUCGGAUCUCGACGCCGGGUGGGGAGAAAACGUUGCUGGAACCGCGAAGAAAGACGAAGAAAAUCGCAGUGCGCGGUAUUUUUCCUGGAGCACGAGUAGUUCGCGGUGUCGAUUGGCAGUGGGAGGACCAAGACGGUGGUAACGGACGACGUGGUAAAGUGAAUGAGAUUCAAGACUGGUCGUCGGCUUCACCGCGUUCGGCAGCUUACGUGGUUUGGGACAACGGUGCGAAGAAUCUGUACCGGGUGGGUUUUGAGGGAAUGGCUGAUUUGAAAGUGGUUAAUGAUAGUAAGGGAACAAAUGUGUACCGUGAUCACUUACCAGUGCUGGGUGAAUAUGGUCCUGGACGAGGGCCUCACAGUUUCCAGAUUGGGGAUCAAGUGACAGUGGACUUGGAUAUUGAAAUCGUGCAAUCGUUGCAACAUGGUCACGGUGGAUGGACCGAUGGAAUGUUCGAGUGUCUGAAUACCACCGGAAUGGUGGUAGGUAUUGACGAGGAUCAUGACAUCGUAGUUGCUUAUCCAAGUUCUCACAGAUGGACCUUUAAUCCUACCGUACUGACGAUUGUUUCGUCGCCGGCUUCAAUUCUCAGCGAAAACCAGUCGCAGCAGUUUGCAGUUGGAGAUUUUGUGAAGAUCUGCAGUGAUUUAGAACGGAUUAAGAUCCUUCAGCGAAGCCAUGGCGAAUGGGCCGAAGCCAUGCUGCCAACUCUUGGCAAAGUUGGACGCGUCCAGCAGGUCUAUCAUGAUAACGAUUUAAAGGUGGAAGUUUGCAACACAUCCUGGACGUAUAAUCCUUUAGCUGUGACGAAAGUGGCAUCCUCCUCGGAUGGAUCCACCGCAGUGACCACAAACGGGGAACGUCUUUCGGCGAUACUUAAAAAACUGUUCGAACCGCAUGCAUCUGGUGAUACCACGGAAGAAUUGGUGAAAGCGGCCGCCAACGGUGAUGUCGGUAAAGUAGAAGAGUUCUUAUCUGGCGCUGCUGCACAGAAUGUUGCUUCCGCUUCUACCAGCUCUCAAGAAUCUCCACAAAUCGUCAAAGUGGACGUCAACGGUGUAUUUGCUGGUCAUACUGCCCUCCAGGCAGCCAGCCAAAAUGGGCAUCUGGAAGUGAUUCAAGUGUUGCUACGAUACAAGGCAGACGUUGAAAUUGAGGACAAGGAUGGCGAUCGUGCCGUGCAUCACGCUGCCUUCGGUGACGAGCCAGGUGUGAUGGGUCUGCUAGCUAAAGCAGGUGCUGAUUUGAAUGCUCGCAACAAAAGAAGACAAACCGCGUUACACAUUGCCGUCAAUAAGGGUCAUUUCAACGUUGUCAAAACGUUACUGGAACUUAAGUGUCACACUAGUUUACAAGAUUCCGAAGGUGACACGCCUCUUCACGAUGCAAUUUCUAAGGAGCACGAUAACAUGCUUUCGCUACUUCUGGACUACGGCGCAGAUAUCACAUUGACCAAUAAUAACGGCUUUAAUGCAUUGCAUCAUGCCGCCUUGAAGGGUAAUCCCAGUGCUAUGAAAGUUUUACUUACAAAAACCAACCGUCUUUGGAUUGUGGAGGAGAAAAAAGACGAUGGUUAUACGGCCUUGCAUCUGGCUGCACUAAACAAUCACGUCGAAAUUGCCGAAUUGCUUGUUAAGAUGGGUAAGGCAAAUAUGGACUGUCAGAAUGUCAACUUGCAAACAGCCUUGCACUUGGCAGUUGAGCGCCAGCACGUGCAAAUAGUGAAGCUUCUAGUACGGGAAGGUGCCAAUUUGAACAUUCCAGAUAAAGAUGGCGAUACGCCACUACACGAAGCUCUACGACAUCACACGUUAUCCCAGCUGCGCCAGUUGCAAGACGUAGAGGGUUUCGGGAAAAUACUUAUGGGACUGAGAAAUAACACCGAUAAGAAGGCAUCCGCUUCAAUCGCCUGCUUUCUAGCAGCCAAUGGUGCUGAUCUGACUAUCAAAAAUCGAAAACUGCAGACCCCGCUGGAUCUAUGUCCAGAUCCGAAUCUAUGCAAGACGUUGAUUAAAUGCUACAACGAGCGCAAAACCGAUGAUAUGGACAUGAAUGCGACCGGCACCACCAUGCCUGCACCCAGUAUCAUGCGUAACGGAGCACCAAACCCGGCUGGUGCGAGUUCGAAUGCCUCAAAUUGCGCCGGACCAUUGCUUCCGGCUGGUGCUAGCACUGGUGGUAUUCCUCCCGGUGUCGUGGAUGCAAACUUAUUGAACGAUCUGAAUAAAAUGUCCAUUCAACCGACCAUUAGUGGUCAAUCGAAUAACAUCUCGACACCCACCGGGAACCCAUUGGACGAAUGUUUGCUGUGCUCGGAUCAGAAGCGAGAUACAGUAUUCAAACCAUGUGGACACGUGGUUUGUUGCGACAAUUGUGGUCCUCGUAUCAAAAAGUGUUUAAUUUGUCGCGAGUCCGUUUCAGAACGGGAAACUAUUGGCGAGUGUCUGGUUUGCUCGGACCGGAAAGCUUCGGUAUUUUUCAAACCCUGCGGUCACAUGGUCGCAUGUGACAACUGUGCCCAAAUCAUGAAAAAAUGCGUUCAGUGUCGAACGCAACUGGAUCAAAAGGUUCCACUUUCGGUUUGCAGCGGUGGUCCUGGUCAGGUGGUUACCGUGCAGCACCCACGAGACGAGAAAAAGGAACAGGGCAACCAAACUGUGCUGCAGGGUAUGAACAAGAGCGGUCAUGGAGUUGCAAUGAAUAACACCAUGUCGCCAAACGUGAGCGGAAUGAGUGGUACUCCGACGACUCUUACUACAACGAAAAAGAAUGUCAGCAGCGGUGGUAUUGCUCCAAGCAACCUAGCCGCAAGGGAUGACGUGCAAAAACUGCGUCCAGAUGAUGUCCAGAAGCUUCAACAGCAACUGCAGGACAUUAAAGAACAGACAAUGUGUCCAGUGUGUUUCGACCGCAUCAAAAAUAUGGUUUUCCUGUGUGGCCAUGGAACGUGCCAGAUGUGUGGAGAUCAAAUUGAAGGCUGCCCGAUAUGUCGCAAAACAGUGGAAAAACGAAUUUUACUAUUUUAAGUGCACAACCGCGGACCUUACUAUUCCAUCAGCUGCUUGUGAAGCUAUCGACGAAAAUCAAAACUAUCUGAAUAGGUUUUUAACUUCACUUCCAUUAGGUAGGGAAAGCGACGCAACGUUGCGAAAAUUUCCUCUAAGAUUUAUUUUUAUUUUUUUAAAGAAAUUUUAGUUAAAUGUUUGUCCCAUUUUAUUAUUUACACAAGUGUUAGGGUUAGAUCGAAUCGUUCGAUCAAAGGUAUAUUCUUUGAUAAUACAAAGGCUUUUCUGUUCAAAUUGUAUCUGUUUGUCUACUGAAUUUCAACAGUUAUUGUUAUUGAAAAUCAGUAAAAUUGCUUCAUUUUAUUGUUAGGGUAAUGUAAGGUUAUUUCAAUACUGACUGUCUCGGGUCAGUAUGCAUUAGGAUUACACAUUCUGCACAAAUUAGGAUCUAAUCGUCCAGCACAACUUUAUCUUAUAAUCGCACAGUCCCUUUAUAGGUAGGUGCUAUCAUGCGUCAAGAAAUAUCUGUGCUUUAGUGCACGGCAUACAUUGAAGAACAACUUUGUUUCCUAAGACCCGAUACGGACGAUACAUCAGCUUCCGUUAACGGACAAGAACUUCCACGUCACGUCACCGUUCCGUCAGGAUAAGUUGAAUGCGUUUCUCGUGUGCUUGUGAACACGUUUCGUACGUCAAAACGUUCCAAGCCGUUUGUUGUGUCUGAACUCCUCUAUUUAACUGCAUGUAACUAAUUUUAACGUUCGUUGACAUGCUGACGUAUCCUGUAAUCCGUACUUAACUCUAACCGAGUUUUAACAACGAUGAGGGAAGCUUCACCGCACAUUAUGUGUCAUUAUUAUUCAUUACUAACAACUACAUCCGGUACAUGGCGAUAGUUAACGUGUGGUGUAAGCUUUGACUGGAAUAAAAUUCGCAAAAGCGUCCAAAUAAGUACGCAUGUAUUGGAAAUCCUGAAUGAAUAGCCACUAGACUGGUUUUAGAUCCUCUUGUGCUAUAGAACCUACCGUUGAAAUCAAUAAACAACACGAAUGGUCGUUAAAUCAAUAUAUUUUUACAAGCAGAAUCUACUAAAAUGCACUAACUACAACAGUGAUUAGAAAUUAUCUUGCUCGAUAUGUGUACUUUAAGAACGAAUUAUACGAUUUACAGCAAUCGUAGCUUUAUGGGGGAAUGAUUAUUAUAAUUAUUACAGUAUUAGUACAAUCAGAUAAUAAAUAUGGAUAGGUAUUUAAAUUAUUUU